AUGAAGCUGAGCCCUUCGACCUUCCCGCCAUGGCCGACGUGGGACCUCUCGGCCCCGGUAGACCACGUGCAGAUCCGCUUCGGAGCGGACGAGGUGGCACGCAUGAAGCAGGCCGCACAAGCCGCCCUGCCAGAUAAGCAACAGCACCAACCCAUCUCGCGGCUCGACGCCCUCCUCGCGCACAUGUGGAUCCUCAUCAACCGCGCCCGCCAGCACCAAACCACGCAGGAUCGAGUCUACCUCGACAUCACGCUCGGCCUGCGCACCCGCGUCAGCCCGCCGCUGCCCGACACCUUCGCCGGGUCGCCGAUCCUCCUGGGCCACGUGUCGCAGCGCGGGUCGGACGCGUGCUCGGCGGCGGGCCUGGGCGCCGCCGCGCUCUCGGUCCGGCGCAUGAUGUCGCUGUUCACGCCGCGGGCCGUCGCGGCGUACCUGCACGGCGCGGCGCACGAGGUCAGCCCCCAGCGGCUGUGGCAGGCUUUUCUUGGGGAGAGGCACACGCUUGUCACGUCCUGGGCGCGGGCCGGGGCGUAUGAGGUUGAUUUCUGCGGGGGUGGGGUUGAUGGUGGCACGAGGCCGGUCUAUGUCCAGGGGAAGAUGCCAAGGAUUGAUGGGGUGUUGCAGGUGAUGGAUGUGGGUGAGGAGUCGGGGGACUUUGAUGUCAGCUUGUGUCUAGAGAGGGAGGCGAUGGGGAGGUUGCUUGGGGAUGAGAUAUUGAGGAUGUACGAGGGGUGA